CGGGAGGAAGCGUCCGGCGUGGGGCGGGACCCGACCCCCGGGACGCUCUGGGGCGCGCAGCGGGUUGCCUCGGCCCCGCCGCUCCACCCCAGCAAGUAGGUGCCCCCGGCCCGGCUUCACAGGGCUCCGAGCGAGCCCGGGCUCCCUUGGGCGCAACGGGGUGCCGUGGUCAUCGGUUCUCUCGGGUCUCGGGACAGGUCAUUUCUGAUUUUGACAUGACCUUGAGCAGGUUCGCAUACAAUGGAAAGCGAUGCCCUUCUUCUCACAGAGUCUUAUGUUUUUGCAGAUAUUCUGGAUGACAGCAAGAUCAUCAGCGAGGAGUGCCGGAAAGAGCUCAAAAUGCUUCUUCACCACUAUUACCCGAUUGAGAUUGACCCACACCGGAGCAGCAAAGAGAAGUUGCCUCAUAUGGUGGAAUGGUGGACCAAGGCGCACAACCUCCUGUGUCAGCAGAAGAUUCAGAAGUCUCAGAUAGCGCAGGUGGUCAGGGAGUCCAACGCGAUGCUGAGGGACGGGUACAAGACGUUCUUCAACACCCUCUACCAGAACAACGUCCCCCUUUUCAUCUUUUCCGCGGGCAUCGGUGACAUCCUGGAGGAAAUUAUCCAACAGAUGAAAGUGUUCCACCCUAACAUCCAUAUUGUGUCCAACUACAUGGAUUUUGAUGAAGAUGGCUUCCUCCAGGGGUUCAAGGGCCAGCUCAUACACACGUACAACAAGAACAGCUCCGUGUGCGAGAACUCCGGUUACUUCCAGCAGCUUCAGGGCAAAACCAACAUCCUCCUGCUGGGAGACUCCAUGGGAGACCUCACUAUGGCCGAUGGGGUUCCUGGGGUGGAGAACAUUCUCAAGAUUGGCUUCCUAAAUGACAAGGUGGAGGAGCGGCGGGAGCGCUACAUGGACUCCUAUGACAUCGUGCUGGAGAAGGAUGAGACGCUGGACGUGGUCAACGGUCUGCUGCAGCACAUCCUGCACCAGAGGGACUGGAUGGAGAUGCAGGGCUCCUGAGCGCACGGGGGCGGGGCUGGGCCCUGCAGGCCCUGACGAGGAGGGGGCCUCGCAGGGGCCGCUCUGCUGGGAGCACCGCUCUUCUUUGUGUGUGCAGAGAAAAGUCCAGGGCGCCCGAGCUGCUGGGCCCUCGCCCUCCCUCCUGCUUUCCCCAGCACCUUCCGUUGGUGUCCUCCAAGGCUCGAGGGCGGCCCUGCCUGGGGGGAGGGCAGCCAGAGCCGGUCCAGCUGAACUGUGGACCUGCAGGGUGUUGGCACUCAAGGGGUCAUUUGGUCCAGGAUUCUUUUUGCAAAAUUUUUAAACAUGGGAAGCUGUCCUUCAAACCGAUCUAAUGUGCAAAACAGAUCACAAUAAAGAAGGAACAAACAGC